UAUAAUUUCUCUUUCUAGGUUCAGUUGGCAACGAGUAAAUUUCCAAGAUGGCCGUUUAUCCGUGUGAAGUGAAAAUGCGUGAGAAGAAUGAAACGUGUUAAUGCUUUCUUCGGUGUGUUUUUCAAAUGUAUAUCUUCUGCGUAUUUAAGUAAGAUGAAUUCGGAUUCUCAUCCAUCGGUGAAAAGAUUGUUGAAUGUGGAAGGUUAUGACGGGAGAAGAAAUGACAUCGUAUAUCACUCGCCAUUAUCCGUUGCUUCGCUCGAUCUUGUGUUCUUCGGCGGAGAUGUGCAAGAUUAUCCGGAAAAGAUGUUGAGUCACAGGGAUAAUAAACGUCAUGGUAAGUGGAAUUUAGAAAACACGGCCGCUUUACUUCAUUCUAGAUUUCCUUCGGCAAAUAUAUACAUUAUUAGGCCAUCAAGAAUGCAUUUAAAUACAUUUAGUUGUUAUGAUAAUUUUGUGAAAAGUAAUGACGUCGGUGUUCCUCAACAUGCUAAUAAUGCAGACUCAUUAAAACAUAUGAAAGCUCUUCUUGAUAAAGCCAAGGAACAAAUUUCAUCAGAGAAUUCUUCGGAUCAAACUUGUUCUGUUGCAUGCAGAAAUGUAAUUCCGUUAAUAAUCAUAGGAUUUAGCAAAGGGUGUGUUGUUUUAAAUCAAAUGUUGCAUUCUUUUAAAGCUUAUCAAGAUGAAAAAGUUAUAGAAUUAGAUAGUUUUGUUAAGAGUAUCGAGGCCAUGUAUUGGUUGGAGGGCGGGCAUUCCGGUGGAUCAAAUACUUGGAUCGGUAAUAAAACGGUACUUAAACAGUUUGCCGAUACUAACAUUAAUGUAAUUAUCCAUGUCACACCUUAUCAGAUGCAGUGUAAUUUUAGACCUUGGAUUGGAAAAGAAGAAAAAUUAUUUAGAGAAACUUUGAAGAGGUUUGGUGUUAAAGUUGAAAGAACAAUGCAUUUUGAAGAUGAGGAGAGAUCUAUGGAAAAUCAUUUCAGAGUUUUAGAAGUUUUCUCUGAAGUAAAAAAUACAUAAAUUAUUUUAAAAUACUUUGAAUUUGCAAAUGCUCUUAUUCUUAUAAUAGUAUUUGUAAUUUGAAACAAUGGUUGUGCUUUGAUAUGUAAUAGAUGUUGUAGAUUUGUAUUAUGUGUAAUGUAUUUAUAUAAUUAUUUUACAAUUAUAUAAUACAUAAUAACUAUUACAUAAUACUCUUUUCUGUAGAAAUGAGAUGACACGAUACUAUUAAUGUCAUGAAUUUUGUGCAUUAUAAAUGUACAGUACGAAUAAAAGUUCAAUAUAUUUAAUUAUAUAUACUGUAUAUGGAUAAUUUCUUGAGAGUGAUUGAUUAUAUUUUUUUCU